GUGCACCGGAAACCACGUGGUUUAGCUUUUCACAUGCGUGUGUAGCAGCUGUGAUGACUUCUCUCUGUUAGUGUUUUGUUUUAACAAUAACGUAAAGCGAUUUAGUACAGCAACAGCAUGACCGGCAAAUCGGAAUUGAAGAUAAACUCUCAGUUUGCACAGAGAUAUGAUAAAUACCGACAGAAAGAAGAGCUGCAGAGGCUGAAGGACCGAUACGGAGACCGAGCCGAUGAGAGUGAAUCAGAGUCGUCUGAGUCCAGCUCUGAUGACAGUGAAGUGGAACUGGACCCUGAAGUUGAAAGGGAUUUUUACAGAACGUUGUCACUGCUGAAGAAGAAAGACCCGAAGAUCUAUCAGCCUGAUGCAAAGUUCUACUCAGAAGUUUCAGAUGCAUCCACUAGUGACGCGAAACCUUCAACCUCAAAGACGCCGCUGAAGCCCAUGUAUCUGAAGGAUUAUGAACGUAAAGUCAUACUGGAAAAGGAAGGCAAAUAUGAAGAUGAUGAUGACAGCGAUGAUGAAGAGGAAGCUGCCAAGAGAAGAGAGAGAGCUGCGUCUCCUAGCUACAUUCAGGAACAGAGGGAGCUGAAAGAAAGCUUCCGUAAGUUCAUCCAGGACAGUGAUGACGACGACGAUAAUGAGCGCAGUGAGGAAGCAGGAGUAUCCCAGCUGUUGACCAGGAGGAUCAAAACACAGGAAGAGAAGGAUAAAGAAGAGGCAGACUAUGUGGAGUGGCUGAGAGGCCAGGCUGAUCUUGACGGACCCGAGGAGGUGAAGGACAUGAAGUACCUACGGGACUACUGGAACGACCCAGAGUUGGACGACAAGGAGUGUUUCCUGAGAGAUUAUGUCCUAAACAAGGGUUACCUAGACGACGACGAUGAACGGAUCCCCACCUAUGACGAGGUGGUCCAGGAUGAUGUGGAGGAUUCUGAGGAGGAAGGGGAGACUUUCUUGGAGCGGCAGGAUGACUUUGAGCGAAGCUACAACUUCCGCUUUGAAGAGCCCGACGCUCAGCAGAUCAAGACCUACCCCCGCAACAUCGCCACCUCUGUGCGCUCCAAAGAUGACCGCAGAAAACGCAAGAGGGAGGAAGUAAAAGAGAGGAAGGAAAAGGAGAAAGAGCAGAAACGAGAGCAGCUGAAGCAGCUGAAGAACCUGAAGCGGAACGAGAUUAUGGAGAAGCUAAAGAGGCUUCAGGAGCUGACUGGCAACCAGGAGCUCGCCUUUAGUCAGGCCGACCUGGAGGGAGACUUCGAUCCAAGUCAACACGACCAGCUCAUGCAGAAAUUCUUUGGAGAUGAAUACUAUGGAGAGGAUGAAGACGAAAAGCCUCAGUUUGAGGAUGAUGACGAACUGGAGGAGCACUGGAACUGGGACACAUGGACAGGAGAGGAACAAGAGGGGGAAGGUGGUGAAGAGGAAGAAGGGUAUGACAUAGAGGACCCCCACUGCGAAGACGCAGACUUCAUAAUGGACGCAGACUACGACCCCAACCAGCAAGCUGCCUCCAAGAAGAAGAAGAAAAAGGAGAGGAAGAUGAUGAAGAGAGAAGAUAUGCCACAAAUGGGCAAAAAGAAAAAGAAGUCUCACUUUGCAGAGGUCAUCACCAAAAACAAGCCUGUGUUUGAUCCUAAGGAGAAAAGCUUUGAGCAGUACUUGGAUGAGUACUAUAAACUGGACUAUGAGGACAUCAUUGACGACCUUCCAUGCAGGUUUCGUUACAGGCAGGUUCUGUCCAACGACUUCGGCCUGUCCACUGAGGAGAUUUUAAAAGCUGAUGACAAGGAGCUGAACCGAUGGUGCUCUCUGAAGAAGACAUGCAUGUUCAGGUCUGACAAGGAAGAGAUGUGUGAUUUGAAGAACUAUCAGAUCAAGGCACAGAAUGAAAAGAAAAAGAGAGAGAUCCUAAACUCUGUAUAUUCUGAAGAAGAUAAAGAGGCGGCAGAGGGUAAAACCAAGAUGGGGAAGAAGCGAAGAGAUCGUAUAAAGAACGCCGAGAAGCAAGGCAGAGGAGCAGAGGAAGGAGACGCUGCCUCCGACAUGGACUCUACGGAUGAGACUCUCGCUCAAGCUCUUAGAGAGGCAGGGGACGGCGUGGAAGAGGAGGAGGAAGAGAUUCUGAUCCCCAAGAAAAAGAUGAAACGGGAAGAGGAACCCCAGACGGUGGUUCCCGCUGAAGAAGUGGCAGAUAAAACUGAUGAGGUGAAAAUCAGGACUGAAAGGCCAAAAUGGUCCAAGAAGAAGCACAAGCAUUCAGGUGGACGCCUCACAUCAGGGGUGAGAAUAGGUGGCCGGGAGUUCAGUAGACAGAGACUGAAGGCCUAUGGUCUGAACCCCAAGAGACUGUUCUUCAGACAGCUCGGCAGAGAGAAACGAAAAGCACAGGAGAAGAGAGAGAAGCAGAAAAACAAGGAGUGAUAACUUCUGAGAUAACUGUUGACAGCACAAUUCUUUUUUUUUCCUUUUUUUUUUUUUUUAAAAUGGUCUAGGAAUUUAAAAACAUUGAGAAUUUUGUUCUUUUCCACUGUUUUAUGAACUCACAUUGACCUUUUUUGAUCAACUGAGGAAAAAAAUUUAAAAUGGCUACAAAUAUACUAUUGAGUAUACAGUUAAUCAGAUUAUAGCCUCUAUCGGGAAUUGAACCUAUUUCUCUUACUACAUUUAUAUUGCAUACAUGUGGACUUCACAAACUGUAAUAAACAUGCUGUUAAAAUUUGA